AUGCCGCGCCGCAAGCCUGCUUCCAAGGCGCCGGACAAGCACAUCAUGGCUCCAUGCCUGGUGGCGGCGGAACCUACUGCGCCCAGGAAGAGGCGUGCGCAGAACCAUGAGGACUUGACAACCCCUCAGCCUCUGCGGAAGAAGACUGCUAUCGACAAUGCCUCUGAGCGCUCUCUCGUUACGGAGUCCCAUGAUGUCACUCCUGGAAAGGUCGUUAUCUCACCCACUGGUACUAUCUGCAAGUGCCACUUGAAGCCCGGUGCUAUUUGUUGGCACCAAAUCCACGAGCCGCACGUUAGCAACCCUAGAGCGCGAGAGAAGUACGAGCGCCUUGCUCCAGCCAAGCAGGCCAUGCAGCGAGUCCGGGCGAACCAGGCCAAAAACAAAUCCAACGAAAUCGAAGAGUUGAAGAUCGACGCUGCUAUGGUCAGCCAAGAAGGCGACGAGUGGUUGAAGAGGCAGAACGUGCGUGAGAAGCGUGCUGCUGCAAGCAACAUCGACUAUGCUCAAGAUGGCAAGGAGGAUUCCAAGGACUGGAGUUUCGAAGAAGAUGACACGAAGAUCGAGGAAAGCGAUGUAGAUGUGGAGGAUAGUGAGGAUGAGGAUGAUGAUCAGGACGGCGAUUACGUCGACGACGCGGAUGACCAUCAGGAGCAAGUCAAUGUCGAGGACGACUACGAGGAGCCUGCCAAUGAUGGUAGGGAUACCGACUUCGAGGACGACGAGGAGAUCCCGUGCAUGAAGAAGUGCGAGCCUCAUUAG